GGCUGCUUUGGAAGAGGUGGAAGGAGACGUGGCGGAGUUGGAACUCAAGCUAGAUAAGAUUGUAAGGUGGAGUGAUCCUGUGCCCCGUGUCCUGCCAGCUAUUCCUCAGCGACCAGCUCUCCCUGGGUGGUGACGUUCCCGCUUCCUUCCUGUGCCCUUUGGACAUUGUUGUUAGCUGCUCUGCUUUGGACCGACUUGUAAAACUUUGUAUUGUGAUGAUUGAUACUGGAAAAGCCUUUUGUGCCGCAAAUAAGCAGUUUGUGAACGGAAUUCGAGACUUGGCCCAGUAUUCUAGUAAAGAUACGGUAGUAGAGACAAGCUUGACCAAAUUUUCGGAAAGUCUUCAGGAAAUGAUCAAUUUUCACACAAUCCUGUUUGACCAGACGCAGAGAUCAAUUAAGGCACAACUUCAGACGUUUGUUAAAGAAGAUCUCAGAAAGUUCAAAGAUGCCAAGAAACAGUUUGAGAAGGUCAGUGAAGAAAAGGAGAGCGCCCUUGUGAAAAACGCCCAGGUUCAGAGAAACAAACAGCAUGAAGUGGAAGAGGCCAGCAGCAUUCUGACGGCCACCAGGAAGUGCUUCCGGCACAUUGCCCUGGACUACGUCCUGCAGAUUAACGUGCUUCAAUCAAAAAGAAGAUCGGAAAUCUUGAAAUCAAUGUUAUCUUUCAUGUACGCCCACCUGGCCUUCUUUCAUCAGGGAUACGAUCUUUUUAGUGAACUCGGGCCCUACAUGAAGGACCUCGGUGCACAGCUGGAUCGGCUGGUGGUAGAUGCAGCCAAGGAGAAGAGAGACAUGGAGCAGAAACAUUCCACCAUCCAGCAGAAGGAUUUCUCCAGUGAUGAUACCAAGCUGGAAUAUAAUGUGGACGCUGCCAAUGGCAUUGUCAUGGAAGGUUAUCUGUUCAAACGAGCCAGCAAUGCCUUCAAGACUUGGAACAGACGCUGGUUCUCAAUACAGAAUAAUCAGUUGGUGUACCAGAAAAAAUUCAAGGACACUCCCACGGUGGUCGUUGAAGACCUGCGGCUUUGCACCGUGAAGCAUUGUGAAGAUGUAGAGAGACGGUUCUGCUUCGAGGUGGUCUCGCCCACAAAAAGCUGCAUGCUUCAGGCAGACUCGGAGAAGCUGCGCCAAGCCUGGAUCAAGGCUGUCCAGACCAGCAUUGCCACCGCUUACAGAGAGAAGGGGGAAGAGUCGGAGAAGCUGGAUAAAAAAUCAUCUCCAUCUACGGGAAGCCUGGAAUCUGGGAAUGAGUCAAAAGAGAAAUUAUUAAAAGGAGAAAGUGCUUUACAACGGGUCCAGGGCAUUCCUGGGAAUGCCAGCUGCUGCGACUGUGGCCUGCCUGACCCCCGGUGGGCCAGCAUCAACUUGGGCAUUACCCUGUGCAUUGAGUGCUCAGGUAUACACCGGAGUCUUGGGGUUCACUUUUCAAAAGUACGCUCUUUAACUUUAGAUACCUGGGAGCCUGAGCUUCUAAAGCUUAUGUGUGAGUUGGGAAACGAUGUUAUAAAUCGAGUUUAUGAAGCCAAAAUUGAGAAAAUGGGAAUAAAGAAACCACAGCCUGGACAAAGGCAGGAGAAGGAAGCAUACAUCAAAGCAAAGUAUGUGGAGAGAAAGUUUGUGGAUAAGGAUUCUGCCUCUUCCUCACCUCCAGAGGAAGGGAAGAGAGCCCCGUGCCAAAGUCGGGAGGAGAAGGGACUCAGCACCUCCAAACCAGUACUAGAGGACCACGUUGGGACAUCAGUCCAAAGUCUAGGUGCCGAUCCAUUUUUCAAAAGCAAUGACAGUGGAAUCCAGCAGUGCGCUGACGAUGUCAGAGAAGGCCUGUCCUCAGUGGUUUCAGCUAAUAGCUUAUACGAGCCAGAGGGAGAAAGACGAGAUUCUUCAGUGUUUCUUGAAUUUAAGCAUCUCCACCCAGGACUCCAGCUGUAUCGGGCUUCCUAUGAAAAAAGGCUUCCUGACAUGGCUGAGGCAUUGGCUCACGGAGCAGAUGUCAACUGGGCAAAUCCUGAAGAGAAUAAAGCCACACCACUUAUCCAGGCCGUCUUAGGGGGCUCCCUGGUCACCUGCGAGUUCCUCCUGCAGAAUGGUGCGAACGUGAACCAACGGGACGCCAAAGGGCGAGGCCCGCUGCACCACGCCACCGUCUUGGGACACACUGGGCAAGUGUGUUUGUUCCUGAAGCGAGGUGCCAACCAACACGCCACUGACGAGGAAGGGAAUGACCCAUUGAGCAUUGCCGUAGAAGCCGCGAAUGCAGAUAUCGUGACCCUGUUGCGUUUGGCCAGAAUGAAUGAAGAGAUGCGGGAGUCUGAAGGACUUUACGGACAGCCAGGUGAUGAAACUUACCAAGAUAUUUUCCGUGAUUUUUCCCAAAUGGCCUCCAAUAAUCCCGAAAAACUAAACCGUUUCCAGCAAGAUUCACAGAAAUUCUGAUUUUUUUUAAAGAAGGGAAACACAUUAAAUCUGGUGCCCUCUUGUUCUCACAGCUGAAAAUGCACAUUUUCCUCCUGCUUCCAUGCUGCACAUUCAGGUUUUCUAGAUAGUGAAUGAGUGAUGGGAAAAGGUACAUUCCUUGCCAACUCCAUGUGGAGACAGUUUUGUGAAUGAUUGUCCGCACCUCUGCACGCCGGGAGGGGAUACCGCUUUAGGGCCUGUUUGGAAAUGGGUGCGAGGGGCCUGCUGGAGAGGCUUGCUGUGCAGAAACAGGGUCAGAGCUCCGGAAGCCUCUUCAGAUGGGUCGUUGCGGGGACUUUUUUAGGGGCCACAGCCACCUCUUUCCAGGCAUUAUGCUUAGCACAUUCCAUUAACCACGUCCACGCAGCCAGAGCUCAGGGCCAAGGCUGGCUCUGUGGCCUGGCAGAAUGAAUGCCUUCUCAUCCCCUGUGCACUAGGUGAUUUUCAAAGUGAGAAAGAAGGCCCCUGAUCCCAGACCCAAUCCCACGCCCAGCUCCGGGUUCUGGGUGGAGAACCUCCCUCCAGUGGAGCAGCCUUGCCCUCCCACCGACAGAGCCCAGUCCUUGGGAGGCGGUGGGCCUGGGCCAGAUUGAUCAAUGCAAUAGAAUUCCUCCAAAAAUUACUUGAACGUUUUCAAAAUUAAGCUGUAAUCAAGAUGUUACUUUUGAAGUAGCUGACUAGCAAAUGGAAGACUUUCGAGGUUUGUUGUUAGCCCCUGCUCCAAGCGGAGCGGCACAUUUGUGUUGUUGUCUGUACCUGGAGAGGCGAGGGCUUACCUUGCCUCCUCGGCUCUGACCUCAUGUGGGAACCAACUUUCCCCCGUCCUUUCCUGGGCCCUGGCCCGGCCCGGCGCCUGCCUUAGCAAGUAGAUGCGUAUUCUCGGUUCACAAACUCUAUUGAUCCAGAUCUUUUCAUUCCAGAGCAGCAGAGCUGUAGCUCUUGACCUUUCUAGCACAAGGCUUCUUUCUCAUGUCUGAUGUCCCGGCAUCGUCACGUACGCUCUCGACACUUCCUCUGUGUAUGCGGCCGCCCCUUGUGUGUAAUUGUCCAUUACUUACGAAUCGUGUCACUGCGGAAUAAAAUUGGAAUGUGGACACUUGGUCUCCAAGUAGAGAUUUGGAAAUCUGAUUUCAUUAUUGCAUAAGUGGAGAAAUGAUGUGUUAUUUGAGUAGAUUGUAAUUUCCAACAUUGGAUUUUUAAAUAGGUCACAGUUAAUUAUGUUAUCAAGGGAUUUAAUAUCAAAUCAAGUAGUUCUGUGAAGAAAAACCAUGCUAGAGAAAAAUGUCAGUAAUCUAAUUUGUUAAAUUCUCUCAAUUAUCCAAGCUUGCCUAGUGGUCAGCAGUCACUGGUAUCUUUGAUGAGUGUUAGAGACUUAUUAUUUUGUUGUUUUAAAAUUAGGAUUUAAGUUCUAUUGCUUUUCGUGCCAUAUGGCUAAGAGAAAAUGUACACUUAAGUCCUGAAAGCACAUUUUUAUAUGCCUUUAGACUCUAAUUACUUCCUUAAAAAGUUUAGCCUGUUUCCAGUAAAAUAUCUAGCGUACCUUGAUUACAAAGUAAACUACAACAGCUCUGAAGGAAAAAUAAAGUAAUAAUUUGCAUAAAUCAAUGCAAGGGCUCCCUACCAGAGCGCUUAAAAUAUCGUUUAAAAGUAGGCUCUGGUGGCCCCCUCCCCCCCACACGUGAGGGCUGCUCGGCCUGUGCUGCCCUGGCCACGCCGCCGCUGAGCCGUGGCUCCUGGUGCUACGGCCCCUCUCUCCUCUGGCUUCACUGCACGUGGGUGCUUGGUCACGUGGAAGCCUUGGAAAGCCCCAGCUUCAAAGCUCAGUCCUUUCAAGAGGACGCGGUUUUGGCCACCAGCCGAUGUGUUUCUGCUACUUGAUCUGUGGGGCUGGCUGGGAGGAAACCUCAGAAGGGAGAGCGAAAGGGCAGAAAUGAAUUCUGGAUUCCACUUCCCGGCGCCCCAGGCUGAUGUCAUUGGAGGUUCAUUUCAGGCCUGUGACUCAUUUCCAGCCAAUUCCAUGUUUUGCUGUGGUUUUGCUGUAGUAAAAACCCUGUGUUGUAAUGGCUUUUUAUUGUAUGUAAUACACCUGAGUUUUACUAAGUUGUGACGUUGAAACAGUCACGCGAGUUGUUGGCUGGGUCUGAAGAGGCGCCUGCUCAGCCUCGGGACGGCUGCUUUUUAUAACUCCCUCAUGAUGCGGAUUAUCUGGCUUGUUCACAUUUUAAAAGUCGAAAUGUGUAAGCAAACAGCAUUUGAUCUGAGAACGGAAUACAGAAGGUGAAAUUUAUUUUGAAAGCUCUAAGUUUUUAGGUUAUGUGGUGGUUAAAUAGUUGUAAUGCCUUCAUUGCAACAAUAGGUAUAUGCUCAUGAAUGCUCCUUUUUUUUAAUCACUCUCGGUACAGUGCUUCAAAAUUCAGGGAUUUCUAACCGUCCGCUGCAUUACGGUGUUUGACUCAUUGACAUCGGUCUUCCCUUCAGACUUAGUAUCUUCUGUGCUUUCUGAAAGUUGUACAUAUGUGUUGAAAUAUGUGCUUGCAUCUUCUCAUGAAUGAAUUUUGAAAUUUUCCUUUCGUUUCAUGGCCUAAACAGUUUAAUGGUCUGUAAUGUAUUAAGCAGUAUUUUAAAAGGUAACCUUACACAUGUAGCAACAUUCUUUACAUUUCUUUGUAAAAAGACAUGAUUAUAAUAAACCAAAAAGAUUACAACUGUUUAUGUUCUCAUUUAUAACAAAAUUUAAUCCCUGUUUUGAAUAGUAGCAGUGUUCCCAGAUGGCUGCACUGUCAGUGAUAAUAUUUGAAAUGUCAUGACCAUUCCUUUUCUGAAUAUGGAUAUUGACUCAGAAAAUGGCCUAAGUGCCCAAGGCUCUGCGCCUUAGAAACAGUCUUUCAAGACGAAUCACUAUAUGCAGUGAGCACCCUUUGCCAUGAGAACAUGGAGUCAGGAGCCCAGGCCCCUCCUCCCAGCAUGAAAAUGCUUUCACCGCCUUGAUUUGAAGUAGCUUCACCUCGCGGUGGCUGGCAGCUGGCGGCUGGCGGCUAGCGGCUGAAUAACACCCCCUCACUAACUCCUGGCGGACGAGGAGGGAGGCCUUGGGAAGCCAGUUGUUUGAGAAAUGUGAAAACAUUAACAUUUUCACAGCAUCAGAAUUAACCUGUUCGACUAUUUUGAAUUGGAUUUCAGUGCAUCAGUUCUACAAUCGAUACCGUUUUUCCUAGACAUCUUUUCUGUUUACGCAAAUUCGCUGUUUGCAGGUGUAUAAUGAGUAGUUGGUUUUUUAGUUGCAAAAAUGGAGAAUAUUCUUUGUGUUGCAUUUAUCCUUUUAGCGUCUUUCAUAUUAUGUUCCAUCUGAUCCUGUUUUUCCCCAAAGGAAAUAGAAGAACUUAGUAGUAAAGCCCAUGUGAUUGUAAGCAGGGAAAGAUUGUCACCUUGUGAGGAGCUUUCUAAAGCUCUCUGCUCAGAAAGGGAGGCUCAGCCAGAGCGGCUCACUGGCCUUCCUUUGGGGUUUCCCAGCCCACUCCUCACUCCAUGGACUUUCAUUAGUCCGUAGGUUGGUGUGUCAAACUUACCAGUUGUUUGUUUUCAUUGUCAAUGCAGAAUCAUACACGCUCUUGUUAUUUUGAAAUGUACAUUAUGUAAGAAGUGUAAAUAUUGUACUGGAAUAAAGACUUUGUAUGCUGAAAAGCUCAAGUAUUGAGUCAAUAAAAACCUUCUCUCCA